CCAGGGAGGGCCUCAUGUUUGUCCCUGUUCUUUCAGGACCUGGAAGAUGAGAUGUGCCCCCACCGAGGCGCCCCACAACACUCGCCCUAUUGCACGGUCUGAGAAGCUGGACCUGGACCCGAGAGCCAGCUGCAAUGGGCUCCCAGCAGGAUCCUAGGCCGCUGGUGGCAGCAAACUGGCGAGGCCCUGGCAGCGUGUGGAGCAGGGCUGGGAGGAGGCAGGACCGGAGUGUGUGAGCCAGACCCUCCCGCUGGGCCCACCAUGGUGCAGAGACUGUGGGUGAGCCGCCUGCUUCGGCAUCGGAAAGCCCAGCUCCUGCUGGUCAACCUGCUGACCUUUGGCCUGGAGGUGUGCCUGGCUGCGGGCAUCACCCACGUGCCUCCCCUGCUGCUGGAAGUGGGGGUGGAGGAGAAGUUCAUGACCAUGGUGCUGGGCAUUGGGCCUGUGCUGGGCCUGGUCUCCGUCCCGCUCCUCGGCUCCGCCAGUGACCACUGGCGCGGGCGCUACGGCCGCCGGAGGCCCUUCAUCUGGGCGCUGUCGCUGGGUGUCCUGCUGAGUCUCUUCCUCAUCCCGAGGGCCGGGUGGCUGGCGGGUCUGCUGUCCCCGGACGCCAGGCCCCUGGAGCUGGCACUGCUGAUUCUGGGGGUGGGGCUGCUGGACUUCUGCGGCCAGGUCUGCUUUACCCCACUCGAGGCCCUGCUCUCCGACCUCUUCCGGGACCCAGACCACUGCCGCCAAGCUUUCUCAGUCUACGCCUUCAUGGUCAGCCUCGGGGGCUGCCUGGGCUACCUCCUGCCUGCCAUUGACUGGGAUGCCAGCGUGCUGGCCCCCUACCUGGGCACCCAGGAGGAGUGCCUCUUCGGCCUGCUCACGCUCAUCUUCUUCACCUGCACGGUGGCCACGCUGUUUGUGGCCGAGGAGACUGCGCUGGGCCCUGCCGAGCCAGCCGAGGGGCUGCCGGUCCCCAGCAGUGUGCCCCCCCACUGCUGCCCGUGCCGCACCCGGCUGGCCAUCCGGAACCUGGGUGCCCUGUUCCCCCGGCUGCACCAGCUCUGCUGCCGCGUGCCUCGCACCCUGCGCCGCCUCUUCGUGGCCGAGCUGUGCAGUUGGAUGGCCUUCAUGACCUUCACGCUGUUCUACACAGACUUUGUGGGCGAGGGGCUGUACCAGGGCGUGCCCAGGGCCAAGCCAGGCACUGAGGCCCGGAGGCACUAUGAUGAAGGGGUCCGGAUGGGCAGCCUGGGGCUGUUCCUGCAGUGUGCCAUCUCCCUGGGCUUCUCGCUGAUCAUGGACCGCCUGGUGCAGCGAUUUGGCACCCGGGCAGUGUACCUGGCCAGCGUGGUAUCUUUCCCGGUGGCGGCUGGUGCCACAUGCCUGUCCCGCAGCGUGGCCGUGGUGACCGCCUCGGCUGCCCUCACUGGCUUCACCUUCUCGGCCCUGCAGAUCCUACCCUACACGCUGGCCUCCCUCUACCACCGAGAGAAGCAGGUAUUCCUGCCCAAGUACCGAGGGGACCUUGGAGGUGGUGGCAGUGAGGACAGCCUGACCACCAGCUUCUUGCCGGGCCCCACGUCUGGCACACCCUUCCCCAAUGGACACAUGGGUACCGGAGGUGGCCUGCUCCCAUCUCCGCCCACACUCUGUGGGGCCUCGGCCUGUGACGUGUCCAUGCGCGUGGUGGUGGGCGAGCCGCCCGAGGCCAGGGUCGUUCCAGGCCGGGGCAUCUGCCUGGACCUCGCCAUCCUCGACAGUGCCUUCCUUCUGUCCCAGGUGGCCCCAUCCCUGUUCAUGGGCUCCAUCGUACAGCUUAGCCAGUCGGUGACUGCUUACAUGGUGUCGGCCGCAGGCCUGGGUCUGGUGGCCAUCUACUUCGCCACUCAGGUCGUGUUUGACAAGAACGACUUGGCCAAGCACUCCAUGUAGAGGGCUUCUGACCCACCCAGGGCGGCUCUGGCCCAUUGACCCCCAGCUCACUCUCUUCCAGUCUCAAGAUAACCCCCAACAAGGAGCCCUAGUGGCAUAGUGGUUACGCAUUGGGCUGCUAACCACAGGGUCAGCCGUUUGAAACCACCCGUCAU